AUGAAGUGUUGGAUCUACAAUAACAUGCUGACUAGCAAGAUGUCCUGGGAUCUGAUGAUUUACAACCUUCCUGUAAGUUUUGUGUACGAACUGGAUGCUAUCUGCACCAGAUUAUUGAAGAAGUGGUUGGGUUUUACUAGAUCAAUUACUGUGACAGUCCUGUACAGGGGCAAGGAUUACUUCGGGCUAAACUUGAAGAAGUUGAGUGACUUAUACAAGUCUCUUCAGGUAUCAAAAGGACACGCCCUGAAGAACAGUGAUGACACCAAAGUUGUAGAAGCUUAUAAUAACAAGAGAGAGAAACAGGAGAACAGCCUGAGAUGGUCUUAUACAACGGAGCUGACGGCAAGAGAGCGAGAUCUUUACUUCCAGGAGUUGGUUGGAGUAGUGACUAAAGACCGAGUAGGACUCGGAUGCAAACCAAAGUUGACUGAGAGGCAGAAGCUAAGACAACUGGUAGAAUCGGUGUCAGAGAACGACAUGCUAGUCACCCUGGUAAACAAGGGAGUACAGGACAAGUUCUUGACAUGGGAGAACACGAUGCAGUUAGGCUUAGGAUGGAACAGCCUUAUCUACAACUACAAGAUGAGCCCGGCUCUCCUUAAAUUCCACCUAAACUCGACACACGACGUGGCUAAUACCCCUGCAAACAUGAAAUUGUGGAACUACUCGAGUACAGGAAAUUGUACACUUUGUGGUUGGAAGACGUGCAACAUCAAGCACAUCCUAGCCGUCUGCAGUGUAGCAAGAGACUCCAAAAGGUACAACUGGAGACAUGACAACGUCCUACGUGUUAUAGCCGUAGCCUUGCUUGACCAACUCAAGAUGUACAAUUCCUCAGGUUCCACGACCUCCGACAAAGAAUGGAUACGGUUCAAGUCAAAGAAUGGGAAGUAUGAACACCCAAAGCCAAAGUUGAGGAAGGAGAGGCCCUUUGAGAGAGCGAAAGACUGGAAGCUGAUAUGGGACGAGCAUACACUACCUGCCCAGUUCCCACAGCACAUCUACAACACAGCGGAGAGACCCGACAUUGUAGUAUGGUCGGAUAGUUUGAGAGAAGUAGUUCUGAUUGAACUGACUUGUGGUGACGAGAGUAACUUCAGUGUUACUUACUUGGGUUACUUGGGUUGGGUUCCGAGCUAG